AUGAAGCUGUGGAUUGUACUACUGGCAGUAAUAUGUACCAGUUGGUUGUCCAUGGUUGAGAAACGGCCCCGCAUCACUACCAUCCAAAAUGAAAACAAGCCUAUAGGUAUUUUUAGGGAGGUGAAAUUCGCCACCGAAGGUGCCAAUAGAGGAUCGUUUCAGAGAUUUAUGAAUGAAUUGUAUGAUGCAUUGACAGAGCGUGCAGAUAAAAGCGGAGUUAUACCAGUAUUGCCAUCUCCGUUGCUGGAGCCUGAUGAUCACCGACAAUAUGUUCUGGCGGAACUCUCGAAUGAGUACCAAUCCAUCAAAUUAGCUUUGAAUGUCAGCGAUGUGUAUAUCUUGGGUUAUCAUCUAGGUGAUAGUGAUACUUCCUACUUUUUUAAAGGUGUUGAGGAGGAUGUACGUAAUGUUUGUUCCCAGACAGCACUGUAA